AUGAUACAUCUUUGUUAUUCAAAUAUACAUCUUCUUCAACCAUGUAUGUAUCGAUUUUAUGUAGAUGACAUUCUUGUGACCGACAGUUCUUCUAUAGUUAUUGAUCAGCUUCUUAUUGAUUUGGGGAAAGAAUUUGUCAUGAAGGAUUUGGGUGAAUUAUAUUUCUUUUUAGGCAUUCAAGCAUCCAUAAAAAAGGAAGACAUUAUGCUUUCUCAAGAGCAAUACAUUUCCCAUAGAUCAAAAACGAAUUUUGCAAAGUCUUCAUCCACACAAAUUGCUUAUACUCAAACUAAUGAUGAUUAUCCAUAUUUUGAUGAUCCUACAUUGUAUACAAGCAUUGUUGGUUCUUUUCAAUAUGCAACAACUACAAGACCUGAUAUUGGUUAUGCGUUUAAUAGAGCUUGUCAGCAUAUACAGUCUCCUAUUGAAUCUGAUUGGACUGAAGUCAAAAGAAUUUUAAGAUAUUUGUAG